CCGCGGGAGUCCGCGUCCCGCCCCCGUGAAGCGCCGCUUCCCAAGCGUGCAACUCACAAAGAACCCAGCAGCCUGACGGCGCGACCGGAGGGGCAGGCAACCGAGAGCUGUUCCCCGCGGUGCCGCGUCCGAUCCCUCCCUGGGCCCAGGCCGCGUUUGGCCGCUCGCCGCUCGACACCCGGGCUGGCCCCUGCGGCCGCUCGCAAAACGCGGCGAGCGGAACCCGCACGCGGAAGCGCCCGUCGCACUGAGCAUGCUCAGUAGCACAGUCGACCGGAGGAGUUUUUUUUUUUUUUUUCUUUUUUCUUUUCUUUCUUCUUUUUUCCUCUCUUUCUUCUUCUUUUUCUUUUUCUGGCUCUCCAGUAGGAGGCCUGUCCCCCACCCUCCGCUCAGACCCCCGUCAUCCCCGGACCUGAGCAGCUAACCAUGGCCGAGGUGUCCGGCGCCGCGUUGUCCCAGGCGGGUUGGUAUCUUUCAGAUGAAGGUAUUGAAGCGUGUACGAGCUCUCCUGGCAAAGUUAAUAUAAAUGACAUCAUCCUGAUUGCUCUCAAUACAGAUUUGAGAACAAUUGGCAAGAAGUUCCUUCCCAGUGACAUCAACGGUGGAAAGGUAGAAAAGCUUGAAGGUCCGUGUGUAUUACAAAUUCAGAAGGUCCGCAAUGUCGCUGCACCAAAGGACAAUGAGGAGUCGCAGGCUGCGCCAAGGAUGCUCCGUUUGCAGAUGACUGAUGGGCAUACCAGUUGUACGGCAGUAGAGUUCAGUUAUAUUUCAAAAAUCAGUCUGAACACACCGCCUGGCACGAAAGUGAGGCUCUCGGGCGUCGUUGACGUAAAGAAUGGAUUCCUGCUCCUGACUGACUCUAACACCACAGUUCUUGGUGGUGAGGUGGAACAUCUGAUUGACAAGUGGGAGUUACAGAGAAGCUUAUCAAAACAUAAUAGAAGCAAUAUUGGAACUGAAGGUGGUCCACCUCCUUUUCUGCCUUUUGGACAGAAGUGUGCAUCUAAUGUCCAGGUGGAUAGCAGAGAACUUGAUCGAAGAAAGACGUUGCAAGUUUCCAUGCCCGUCAAGCCUACAAAUGAUAAUGAUGAAUUUGAAAAGCAGAGAACGGCUGCAAUUGCAGAGGUCGCAAAGAGCAAAGAAACCAAGACAUUUGGAGGAGGUGGAGGUGGUGCCAGAAGUAAUCUUAAUAUGGGUGCUGUCAGUCACCGAAAUAGGGAAGUUUUACCGAAGGAAAGGCCUUCCAAAUCAGAGAGCAAGCAUGAAGGUGUCUAUAGAGAGCUGGUAGAUGAGAAAGCUCUGAAGCACAUAACAGAAAUGGGCUUCAGUAAGGAAGCAUCGAGGCAAGCACUUAUGGAUAAUGCCAACAACUUAGAAGCAGCAUUGAAUGUACUCCUAAACAGCAAUAAGCAGAAACCUGUUGUGGGUCCACCUCCUAGAGGCAGAGGGAAAGGCAGGGGUCGCUCACGAUCUGAAGAUGAAGAGGACCUAGGAAACGCAAGGCCGUCAGCACCAAGCACAUUAUUUGAUUUCUUGGAAUCGAAAAUGGGAACUUUGAAUGUGGAAGAACCAAAGUCACAACCACAGCACCUUCAUCAAGGACAGCACAGAGUGUCAAAUACUGAACAAAAUGGGAUAAAAGAUAGCAAUCAAUCAAGACAUCUUCCUCGAAACGAUACCAGGCAGCCGAGAAAUGAGAAACCUCCUCGUUUUCAAAGAGACACCCCCAAUUUGAAGUCAGCCUUAGAAAGCAGUGUAUUAUCUAGAAACCGAGGCUCUGAAAGACCAGGUGGUUCUUCUGGUCCUGAAGUGUGGGCAGAAGAGAGGAUCAAGUGCGAUCGGCCAUAUUCUAGAUAUGACAGAACUAAAGACGCUUCAUAUCCGUUAAGUUCUCCGCACAAUGAUGGCGCUUUUAGAAAAAGAGAUAACUCUAUGCAAAACAGAUCAGGAAGAGGUACAUUGUAUACAGAGGCAAAAGAAAACCCACUUCCUCAAGAAUUCAUAGACUAUAAUAAUCAAAAACGUGGGAAAAGAGAAAACCAAACGGGUAAUCCUGAUCAUUUUUAUGACAGGAAAUCACGGACAAUGAAUAAUGAAGCUUUUAGUGGUCUAAAAAUUGAAAAACAUUUUAGUGUAAAUACUGAUUACCAAAAUCCUGUUCGAAGUAAUAGUUUUGUUGCUGUUCCAAAUGGAGAGACAGAAAUGCCACUGAAAGGAAGACGCGUAGGACCAAUUAAGCCCGCAGGACCUGUCACAACUGUGUCCUAUGAUGAUAAAGUAUUUUAUAAUAGUGGGCCUAAAAGAAGAUCUGGGCCAAUUAAGCCUGAGAAGGUGAUAGAAUCAUCUAUUCCUGUGGAGUAUGCAAAGAUGUGGAAACCUGGAGAUGAGUGUUUUGCACUUUAUUGGGAAGACAACAAGUUUUACCGAGCAGAAGUUGAAGCCCUCCAUUCUUCUGGCAUGACUGCGGUUGUUAAGUUCACUGACUACGGCAACUAUGAAGAGGUGCUGCUAAGCAAUAUCAAGCCCAUUCAAACAGAGGCGUGGGGCAGUCACACCUGAUGACAUUUGUUCCUCCUCCCUGAAACUCCCCCAUUAGAGGUGUUUGGUUCUGAACUGCUACAGGCAAUACUUUGACUGUUCUGCCUUAAUAGUCCUCAUGGCACUUACCUUGACUUUUAUUUGUGUAAGCAUAACUGGAUGAUGGUUUUUAUCAGAUAUCUUAGCUGGUUCAGUGAUUAUGUUCUGAACCACAAUACACUGUUGAAUACUCAUUUAUGAUUUAUUUUUACUUAUUUUAAGCUUGAAUAAGAUGCCUAAACUAUUUUUGCAGAAGCAGGAUAAAAUCACCGCAUUUUCUGGAGAUUUUGCCGUUCUUUCCUCCUAUGUGAAGAUUUUUGCAUAAAUUAGUGUAACUGGAUCAUGGGCUUCGUUGCCAGGGGAAAGAUCAGCCAUUCUUCUGUCUACAAGAGUAGUUAUUUGAGAGAAACAUCUCUUUGAAAUACAGGUGCCACCAGCUUAAUAAUUCUUUUUUAUCUCCAUUUAAACAAUAUCUAUGUGUGCAUAGAUCGUACAUAAGCAGCCACUGCAGCAAUACAAUCUAUGCAGAUGUCAGUGCAUGUGAUGUAGAGUCAAGGUAGAGUUAGUUCUCUGAGCUUCCGAGAGUAUUUUUGUUGCAAUCCACGAGCACCCUUCUGUACGUUGGGACUGUAUCAAGGUUAAGUUAAUCAAAGCUUCACAAAAUUAUAAGCAAAAUGUCCACUGCACCAAUAAGAAGGCAAUCCCACUUGACUGACUCACUGCAGAAUUAAAGGUCUACAAGGUGCAGAGAAUUUAAGGGGCCUUAACACAGUUAUUCAUUGACAUUGUGGAUUAUCAAACUUUCAGUUUUUAAAUUCUUGCACUGCAUAUGCGUGUUUGUAUUUUUAUGUGAAAUAGUAUGUUUAUUUGCUUAAGGUUCAUGUUUGUUACUGGCAAAAAAAAUGUUGGAAAUCUCUUAAGUUUUCCAAAAAUACAAAUGAUCAUUUAGCGAAGAUGUUUUAAGUGCAGAACAACCAAAAACAGCUUGAGUAUAAACCAAAAAAGCCUUUAUAAAAAACAGUUGCUUGUACUGCUUUUCAAAGAUGUAAGGAUAAAUCAUAAGUACAAAGCAUGAAAUAUUAAGAGACAUAAAGACUAAGUUAUAGUCGGUUGUAUGGAAAAUUAAAAUAAAAGUUAAUGCUUUAAAUCUAA